GAGGGUGGAUAUAUACAAAAAGAGAAUCAAUCAAGGACAAAUAAAGAAUUUUUAAAGUCUCCAUAUAGAGUCUAGAAGAGAGACUUGUGCUGAAUGUUAUGCAGAGUGAGGAGUAAAAUUUUUCAGUGUGUUUUGCAAUGGCUAGGAGAUGUUCUCGUUGUGGAGAGAAGGGCCACAACUCACGCACCUGUACUCAUGUGAAGCCAUUUUCAUUCAAGCUCUUUGGAGUGAAACUCACUUGUCAAAAUCAAUUGGAAAAGUCCUUUUCCCCUGCUACUUUCAUGGAUUAUCAUGGCCCCCCACUAGUAUACCAGUGUGUUAGAAAGAAAGGAGUCCCAUGGAGUGAAGAAGAACACUGGUUUUUCCUACUUGGUCUUCAAAAAUUAGGCAGAGGAGAUUGGCGAGGGAUUUCCAGAGAGUUUGUGAGGACUCGAACCCCCACCCAAGUGGCCAGCCAUGCUCAAAAGUAUUUUCUCUCAAGAACAAACUUUAACAAGAGGAAGAGAAAAAUGAGUUUGUUUGACAUGCCCACUGAGGAGACAUCAAGCCUCCCAAUUGAUGAAAACACUAUUACAAAUAGUGUAAAGCAGAAAAUUGGUUCAGAGUUUGGCAAAGAAGGAAGUGGUGAAACAACAUCUCAAAGUUGGGCUGGAGAAGAAUCCCUCCUAAACAUCAACAGGAAUAAAUAUUGGGAGUUUCAAAAUUGAUGGUGGUAGAAGCCUAUUCUUGCAGGCCUUCAUAAUACAGUAAUUGAGGCUACUCUGUAUUGUAUGAAAUUGGCUGAGAAGGCAUGAAACUUAAUUGCAUUCACUUUUGAAAGUCUUAUUAAUUUCCUCAUAAUAGCUUUGUGAGGAAUUCUAUGUUUCCUGUAAAGCAUAAUAUUUUUUUGAUUUCAAAAAUUUGGGUUUUUAGUCUGUGAGUUGAUUGAUCUAGCGGAGGUUUGAAUCUUGAUGGCCGCCUUACCAACUAAAUAUUUCAGACACUAAGCGUCUGAGAAUUGUAAAGCAUAAUAUUAAAUACCAUUUUAUCAGCUUAUUUAAAAUUGUAAUUAGUUAUGUGUAAUAUGAGAAAUCAAACAUAGACUUGGCAUCUCA